AUGACCGAAAGGGGUGGCGGUGCACAACAGUCGGACGAAGCAUGUGCAGCUGCCACGUGCAUUCAAAAGCUAUAUCGCAGCCGCGCCGCCCGGAAGCUCAUGGUACAGCUGGCAAGUUCAGUGUAUCGAAGAUGCUACGACGCCAACACUGGGCACUCCUACUACUGCAACCUCCGAACCGGCGAAACUGCAUGGGAUCGACCUAAAAUUUUCGGCAGUGGGGAUGCCCCAACGUACGAGGACAAUCAGCCUGUGACUGCCGCGGAAUCCAUGACGGCGGACAACAAGGUCGACGACGAGGGCAACGAGACUGCUCCUGUAGCCAACUCGACAGAGGCGAUUCCUAUCGCAGUGAGCAAGUUUCAGCUAGACAAGGACGCCCAAACCAAGAUCGAGCUGACCAAACUCGAAGGUCUCGUGCUGAUUCAGCGACAAGCCCAAGCCAAGGCGGACUUGGAGCGCCAGAACCGCAAGCAAGUCCACUGGGGACGGAAACAAUGGGACAAAAAGGUUCGUCUGGAGCACGAAGCCAACCGCGCCGCUCGUUUGCAGGGCAUCGCUCGAGAUAACAAGCAAGCGAUUCAGGAUCUUUUGGACGGAAAAUCGGUACGAACAACGUCCGUGAAACCACAACUCGAAUCGAUUCGGGAAGCAUGCAUGCGAGGACACGUUGAUCGAGUGAUGGCUUUGCUCAACGAAGGCUGGAGCCCCAAUGCAGAAAGCGCUAUGGGGCUGACGCCGCUGCUCGCGGCAUGCUUGGGCGGACACAUCCAAGUGGUGCAAUUGCUGUUGCAACGACAAGCAGAUGUCAACCACCGACACAUUGUCACCCAGCGCACAGCUUACAUGGAAGCGUGCCAGCGCUCAAAUACUGCCGUGGUGCGGGAGCUGCUACGACAUGGAGCUCGAAUCCAUUGGAAUGACAAGCAAGGUCGAGUGGCUAGCGAUGGCAUCACGCACAAAAAGGUGCUGGCGUUGCAUGAGUUGGCGAGUGGAGUGUGGAGCCCCGCGGCAGCGAGCGUGUUUCCCGCCGGGUUUCGCGCCGCGUCGAUGGCACUGGCGUUCGUGGCCAAGUGUCAGCGCCGAGCAAGUGUCGAUGCCAAGGUCUGCGCGGUGAAAGCGGCCGCCGCCUGUCGCGUGGACUUGCACAAGAAACUCAUCCAAGCCAAAGUCCAAUUCGACCACGAUGUCAAAGUCAGUCAAAUGCAAGCCAGCGCUACCAAGCGCCGGGACAUGGCCACGGCCGCCGAUCAAAGGUACGACAACACCCGCUCGGCGAUAUUGCAAGCCUCGGAAACAGCCUCCGUGGCACUGCGUCGAGGCAGCCAAGCGCGCUGGCUCGAAGAAGCGAAUGUGAUGACGAUCUUGGCGUAUUGUCCACGCCACUGGUUCGACCAUGAUGCACAAACUCUAUAUCCACAACAACCAAAUGGCAAGAGAUUGACAGCGGAACACAUUCAACCCACACGAAAGUGGACGUCGGCCUCCGAGUUGAUGCCACUACCAUUGCGCACGGCAUUGGCGCACACUUCCGCCGACAUUCAAGACAUGUGCUUGGAGUACGCGCACAUUGACGCGACGCACACGACAGACGUCGACGCGGGGGUGCUGGUGCUGGCCACCACCAAGCAGAGCCAGGCGACGGUGCACGUGACCGUCAUAGAGGCCCGACACUUGCCAAGACGGUCGAAUCGGUCGCUGGUACAUACAGUCCAGUUUCCAUGGUAAAACCGAGCUGCUUGUAAUGCGAUGGCAGAUUGAUCCGAUGGUGCGAGUGCGGGUACACGGGGAGGACGGGCGGGUUGUGGGGGGACAGCAGGGUACGGAGCCCCGUGCGGGCGAAGACAGCCCUGCUUGGGACCACGCCAUGACGUUUGACCAUAUUCCAUCCAUCCGAUGCGAGCUGCAUGUUCAAGUCGUCGACAACACAGCAGGGGGGGCUCAAGUGGCGGGGGAAAUUCGGCUGCCGCUGCGCCAGUAUGUCGACCAAAACGACCACGACGAGUGGCAUGUGCUGCCGCCCACGCUCAAGCAGACCCUCGUGGAGGGCUCGAGUGUCCGCGCGGUGCCGGCCACAUUGCACCUGGUCGUUCGCUUUACCCACGCCAAGACGUUGGUGCUGACGCGGGAGAUUGCCAAAGCCACGAAGCGGCGGCAGCAGUUGUUGAUGGAGCUGCGAGCGUACAUCCAAGCCCACCUCACGCGGGUAUUGACCAUUCUCGACCCCCCCAAACAAACAAUAUAACGUCAUGAUUCAUGAAUAUUACACUGGCGACCGGGAUCCAUUGCGACGAGGUGUGGAGCCGCGCUCGGCCCUUCCGUACGAAUCAGUCGACCCCGUCGACUGGUUAUACGCGUAGUACUCUGGUUGAUACUCGGGCGAUUGGUGG